AUUGGCAGGAGCCAUGAAAUAUAUUUUGUAAAUUAAAAUUGAUUACAUACAUAUUACUUACUUUUUUUAUGAAAUAAAUCGAAUUUUAAUUAGAAAUAUUGUAAAGUAAUUUACUACUUCAUAUUGUGUAUUCAAAGUUAAAGCAAACGUUUAAGUUUUAACAUUUCCCUUUAUAAUUUGUUUUACGUAUAUUUUUAUAUCAGUGUAACGUAUCGGUGUACCAAUGGAAUACGACAAUGAUGAUAAUACGUGGCGGCGGCCAUCAACUCCUAAAGUAGAGCAUUCAAAGUGUAACUCUAUUCCUAAGAGAUCUACUACGCUGGCAGUAGUGGUACUCGGGUUAGCGGUGCUUAGCUGUUUGCUGGGCUACUGCGUGCUAAGUGAGACUUUGCCCUACGAGUCUAAAACUCUACGAGUUGUUGUCAUCCUUUUCCGUCAUGGUGCCAGAACUCCAACUUCCACUUAUAAAAGUGACCCAUUUAAAAACUAUCAAUGGCCUGAUGGCCUUGGUAGCUUAACAAAUGCAGGAAAACUACAACUAUACGAAUUAGGUAAAAAGUACCGUAGUUAUUACGCCAACUUUAUACCAGAAGAAUACUACGAUAAGGAUGUGUAUGUGCGCAGCAGUGAUAAGUCGCGGUGCAUGAUGAGUGCGUACACGUUCCUCGCGGGGCUCUAUCCGCCCACCGAGCGACAGAUGUGGCACCCGGAGAUACUGUGGCAGCCGAUACCGGUACACUCUUUGCCGCGACACCUCGAUAAUAUAGUAGCUGGAACCAAACCAUGUAAAGAAUUCAAAGCAAUGUACCAAGAGCAUCUGGCUGAGAAGGAUGCAGAUCCAAAAUUCAGUGAUUUAUUUGACUACCUAAGUAAAUACACCAAUCAGACAAUGCGCAGUAUCCUUGAAGUGGACUUUUUGUACAGCACAUUACAAACAGAGCAGGAAGCUGGACUGAAGAUACCAGAUUGGACUAAAAAUGUGUUCCCAAAUAAGAUGCGGAUGCCUUUUAUGCUCAGUCUCGCUUUAUUGUCAUAUAAUGAAACAUUGCAGAGGCUCCAUAUAGGUUCCCUUCUGGGCGAAGUGAAGGAUAGUUUUGAUGAAAUUGCGACCCACACGAACUUGGAUUCGCAGCGCUCGUUAUACAUAUAUUCCGGACACGACGUGACGGUGGUAGCGUUAUGGCGCGCGCUGGGCUACAACGAGCUGCUCGAGCCGGAGUACGGCGCCAGCAUCGUGCUCGAGCUGCAUGAGGACGUGGAGCAGAGCAACUUCUUUGUUAAGGCUUUCUACAGGAACAAUACAAAAGUAGAGGUGCCUAUGGAGCUGAAACUGCCAUUCUGCGAAGAUCCAUGUAUGUACGAUCAAUUUAAACAGCACCUUACUAAACUCAUUCCCGUAGACUGGGAAGCAGAAUGUAAAAACGUAUAAGAUACAUUUUUGCAGAUAAGGCUCUAUGGCAGCUACUUUAACAAUAAUUUUAAAACAUAGCCAAGGAACAGCCAAAAAAUAUAGUUUUUAUUACGAUUAUACACAGAUUUUAUUAAAAAAUAAAAACAGCUUAAUACAAUUGAUUACAAUUUUAUGAAUGCACUUAACAUUUAUUAAAAGAUCAAUCGAAUUUUGCUUGAUACUAUGAGAGAGCAAUUAUUUUUAGUGAUGUUAUUACAGACAUGAAUAUCCUAUGUACUAAGCAGUGUUGACACAUAAAAAAAAAUCAAUUCUCACAAACCUCUAUUUUACUUCUCUCAUACACUAUUUAUUCUGACUUAGUGCAGCUAGUACUAGGUGGAGCGCGGGUUAGUGUUUCCGCGUGUCAAGCGCUCUGCCUAUAUUUUGGUAAUAAUUUUAAUUUUACCCGCGAAACUCUUGGGGCUAAGACCGCGAAUUCCAUGGUAGGAAAUCUUGCCUUAGGUAGCUAAAAUUUGGACACUGAACAAAUCUAUACCAAUCCAAGCAUCGUGCAACUUUAAUGCACAAUGGUUAUUAUCAGUUACCAGUCAAAUAACUCGUGUCGACUCUCACAAACCCGGCUCACCAACAAUGUGAUCUCGAAUUGUACUAAAUUAUUAUAUUAGAUAUGUUACCUUAUUUUCUAAUAUUCACAUAUUUAUAUAGCAUAACAGGAAUUAAGUGAUUUUAUCAGUAAUGAAAAACUACAUAUGAAUUAAAACAGAAUAAAUAUUUUUUGAACAUAAUAUUAUAAUGGAACAGAAUUCAUAAUGAUUCAAAUCUUCAAUAAAUAAAAAUUUACACAAAAGUGAACUGAAUCUAUUGUAUUUUUUUAAUAAUCAGAUAGAUUUGCUUUAGUUUAGUAUCUACUAUGGUGCCAUACGUAAAAGAACACAUUGUCCAAUAAUAUGUAGGUUGGCCGGUGCGGGCCGUUUAAGGUGCCCUUCAUGCCACGUUUUGAAAAUCCACGCGGUAUAAGUAGUUAAUAGAUGGAUUUGGUUGACGAGAAUAAUCACUAUGUAAAAAAUACUUAUACUUACUUACUAGAUUUUUAUUCGUGUUAUGUUGUUUCAGCAAUGGUAAAUUAAAGUGUAAUAUUUUUUUGUACAAACUACAAAGUGCGAAUAAUUAUUAAAAAAUGUUGAGAUUACGAUUACGAAUUAAGUAAAUAUACUUUUAAUUUAAAUUAGUUUUUAGAAAAUUUAUCUUUUGAAACAUUAAUGAAUAGUAGUAGUAUUAGUAAUAAUUUAAGUUGUUACAAAUAGUCGAAAACUGUUAAUGAUAUUAUUAUAAUAGACUGUAAUAUAUUUAUAGUAUCUAAUGCCAACUAAAAUCUUUAUAUAUGUACUUACAUAUAAUUGCCAUGUGUGUCACAUUUUAUUAUAUAUAUCAGAUGUAUACAAAUACACAUAGGCAGCUAGUGAGGUAGCGGCUACGAGGGCCAAAAUUUCAACCGUAAAGCGAUAUUUUCGAACGUUAUUAUAGCUAAAUUGGCAGAUCGUUUAAGCGAGCGUUAUAACCACAAAAACGUCUAGUCUACAAACGCACGCGACACAUUGUCCACAUAAGCGUUCUCAUCUUCAAGCCCGAAUCCGCACUAGUUAUCGCGCGUCGAGUCAGGGCGAGGCCUAAGAUUUAGCUCCUUAUUUUUUUAAUAAUUUAACUUCUACUAUAUAUUUACAUUAUUUUAAGCAUUUCAACUACCAAAAACACUUUGAAUUAUUUAUUGCUGUUCAACAACGUAAUAGAAAUGGAAAUUUAUAUUUUGUUCAGGCCCUAAAGACAAUGUUUUGGGUAAAAAAAUUUAUAGACCAAUAUCACGAGGGAUAUACUUACGACUUUCACGAUAAUUGUUACUUCGGGAUUUUGUUAUGGGCUGUGGACCCAGGGACCCUUCAUUCUAAUCCCAGCCCCAGCAACACUCUGUGUUGGUUUUUCUAGCACAAGUUGACUGAGAGACGGUUAAUGUAUCGCAACUGGGCAUAAAAACUAAGCCAAACUGUUUCUGCUAUGCCCGCAUUCUUGAGUACAUUGGAGCCAAGUGUGGAAUAACGGUAAGCCGUAAUUGGAAGGAGCUGUUGCUUUAUAUGUAUUUUGGGCGGCAUAAAAUUUCACAAUUUUAAAUGACUGUCUAUCGUCACUGUCUUUAAAAAAACGUAAUGUACGUAAUCAUUGUAUCCAUUAGUACCAGUAAUGUAAUGCGAAUAAAAUGUGAUCAAUAAAGUAAGGUUAAAUAUAAUAAAUGUUCAAUAGUUUAAGUACCUACAUGCUUUUAGUAAAGUAAAUCUUCAACGAAACUCUUACUAAAAUCUAAACAUCUUAUCUUGCCAAUAAUUAUGAAAAGUAUACAUUUUAUUACAUAAAAAAUAAAAUCUAUCAAAAAAAAAACAUUUAUUGCAUUUCCACAAUAUUUUGUGCUUAUAUGUAGGUAGUCUUUUUCUCUAUGUACAAUAUUAAUUAUAGAAAUAUAAAUCCAAUGAAAUAAGAAAAUACUAUCAAAAAUAAAUUACUGCUGGCUUUGCAGUAGUCGGACAAAAAUAGUUUUAUUCUUUCUAUAACAAAAUACAUAAUUUUUCAGUAAUUGCAAAAAAUAUUAAUUAUAUUUUCUGUAAUAAUUCAUGAAAAAAUAGAAAUAAUUUUUAUGAAUGACAUCUCAUUAUAUUGUGCUACUAAUUAUUUCUUGAGAAGUAUAAAAGUAAGUCGAAAGAUUAUUGCUUAUGCGACAUAUUAGAUUUUAUGAAAUGUUGUCUGUUAUAAAUUCUGUCUCAAACUAUACUUACUAUUUCCCAUUGCAUCAAUGUAAAACUUUUCUACCGUAUUAUAUCCCUAUGUCGAUUAUAUAGCCAGCCAUAAAAGUAGCUGAAACCAAUUCAACAUUUUAAAUCUCAUUUUUUCUCAAAAAAAUGUUUUUUUUUUCUUAAAAUAAACUUACUGUUAACUUUAUUUUAGAUAAAAAAAAUAUAUAGUAUUUUGAUUAAAGUUAAUGUGUAGAAGCCUUUUGAAAGUUUGUGUCUGUUAAUACUUUUGUAGGCGACUGUAUAUACCAAUUCGGCGUGCAAACAAUAUUGUAAUUCAAAUAUUGCCUUAAUUUACUUAUGAAAUAAACCAGGCAAAAAUUAUAUCGUUCAAAAAAUAUAUAUAUUUGAAAUAUAAUAGAUGUUGGAAUAUUAUUUAUAAUGUUAUCUACCGUAAUAUCAGAAACGAAAUUAAUUAUUCGGCACUUACAAUUUGGUACCAUGACGCAACUAUAUUAUUAUACUGUUUAAAGUUGUAAUGCUAACUCAAUAAUAUAAAGUUUACACUAUGAAAUUUUCUACAUUGUUUUAUAUUGUUACAUCAUGAGGUCAUGUUUUGUUAAGAUUUUAUAUAUGUCAGUGUUUUCGAAUAAUGAUAACCAGUUUUAAAUAUAUUUUUACGUACGCUCAGACCUAAAUUAAUGUAUACGUUAACAGAAAGACGUUUCAUAUUGUUUUUUUUUAAAUAAAAACUAACGUUUAUGUAAUAUUAAGUAAGUACAUACAAAAUCACUGUUUAAAUUUACAAUAAAAUGAUAAUAAACAAUAUAAUAUUUCCAAAUGAAUUAUUUGUGAUCAGACAUUGGGUCUUUAUCCGAGUAUACAUUAAUUUGGGGCUAACUAUACAUACCAUAGAUUACCUCAAUACAUAAUAUGACGCGCACCAAACGCAAAUAUUGAGUUUAAGACUUUACGCUUGUAAAUUGGUCAACCAAUGUAUUUAAUGCACUUUUUUCUGUCUACGUUGGCUGCAUUUCAGCGUGUUCAUAUAUUAUCAAUGAACAACUAUUUUUGGUCCUCAGAACCUACGCUUACCUUCUUCCAAUUUUAAUGAACUCGAAUAUAAUAAAAUGUAUAAUUUAUUGAUACUCAAUACAUACGUAUUUAAGUAAUGUGUUUAUGAACGUACACACUGGGUGUGAUGCUAAAGUCGUCCAUCUCUUGUAUUUUAUAUCAACUUGUUCUUCAAUGUUAUUAGAGUUAUGAGUAGAUAGGUGUAUACUGUAUAGCCUUGUUGUUUUUAUUGUUAUAUGAAUAUAUUUUAAGUGGAAA